AUGGAAGAGGAAGGACUAGAUUCUCACGACGAGGAGGCGUCAAUAUGGAACGGAGGAGUUUCCAGGGGGGUUGGUGACUGCGGGGACGAGGGCAACAGUGGAGCGAGUCCUGGAAGAAUACAUAUAAAUGAAGAACGAUUUAGCCGUGAAGCCACUCAGGACCAUUCAGAGGAACAUCGGGCUACGCAGGCCCCAACGUCUCAGGAGGAUGGGGUACUUGGCCCGGCCCCCUACUCUGCUCUUGAAGAAAACUUCGAGCAGACGCUGUCCGAGUUGCCAAAGGACCCACACCUUGAGCCGUUCCGCCGUCAGUAUGAAAAGUUGCUUGGUGCUCUGAAACGGUCUCAUGAAAGCGAACUUACAUUGCUAGCACGAUGUAAACACUUGACAAACCAGAUUGCUGAGAACGCUACAAAAGUCGUCGCUGCACUCAAGCUAUCUGAUGAGGACCAAAGCUCCAUUGACAUCUUGAAAAAGGAGGUCCAGCAUGCCUGGAAUCUCGUCCAAGCUGGCAAGGACCGAGAAGAGCUUGCGCGGGACACCAUCGCUUCGCUGCGCGUGACAAUUGAGGACCUCAACAAGCAGAUUGAGGCAACGGAGACAGAACACAUCAGCCAGGAGGCGAAGCUAGAGGGAUAUCUCCUCGAGCGGGAGAAGCUCCUUCGCGAGUGCGACACACUGGCGAACCAGAACGCGCAGAUGACUUCGGGCAACGAGCAACUCAGUCAGGCGCUGAAAACGCUGGAGAAGCAAGUCGCUGACGCGCAGAACGAGCUGAUACAGACGAAAGACGUCCUGCGGAUAAAGAAGCUCGAGGGCGAGCAAGAACAGCGGAGGCGGGAGAAGGUUGAGAAAGAGCUGAAAGACAUGAAGGCUCUGAUAGAACAGAAGCAAACAGAAAUACACGGAAAACAAGCGACGAUCGAACAACAGCAACAGGAGACAGAAAACCUGCAAGCAGUCGUCUCCAGUCUCCAGGUGGAGCACGAGAAGGAGAGCAAGAGGUUCAUGGAAGUCACUGGACGCAUUACGGAAACGGAAAGCCGCCUGAACGAGCAGAUCAUUAAAAACAGCAAAAUGCAAGCCCAGAACAUAGCCAUAGAGACCGAACUGAAGGACCAACUCGAGGCAAUCAACAAACUUAAAGCAGACAAAGAGAAAGUGUUAAAGAUGCAUGAGUUGCUGAAGCGGAAGAUGCAGCAGACGGAUGACGACAGAAGAAACCUGGAAGACCAGCGCAAUGCCCUCAAGAACGAGGUCGCAGGAAUCGAGAAAGAAGUCGAAACUCUCAAGCAGCAGGCUGAGGCUGACAAGAAAAACAUUGAAAGUCUUUUGAGAGAGAGAGACCUUCUGUCGAAGAACUUGCUGCGCAACGACGAUGCCACCAAGAAGCAGGAGGACCUGCUCAAGCGACACGAGGCUCACGCGCUUCAGCUCCAGCGGGAAAUCGACCGCUACCGCAAAGAGAUUGAGAGCCAGCAAACGAAAAUUCGAGAGCUGGAGAACCACCGCGACAAGAGCGGCGCUGAACUGUCCAAAGCCAAUCAAAAGUACCUGACGUUGUUGGAGGAGAUUAAGGGCGGAGAUAACCAAGUGACGGAUUUGCAAAAGACUAUCACAGAACUUCGAAACAAACUGUCGACGCAAAAGAGUCUCUACGAGUCUGUGCGGUCGGACCGGAACCUCUACUCGCGCAACUUGAUUGAGUCUCUCGAUGAGAUCAGCGAGAUGAAACAGAAAUUCAAAAUCCUGUACCAUCAGAUUGAGCAGCUGAAGGAGGAGGUGAAGCAGAAGGAUGCGAGUCUGAUUAAGGGUCACUUCGAGCAGCAUAAAAUCAUAAAGGACAACGAAAAAAUCACAAGCAACCUGCACAGUGCUCAGCACAAGCUAUCCUCUCUCCAGCAAAUCGUCCUCAGUCAAAAGCGUGAAAUCAAAAAACUGGAGGCAACGAUUCAGGACGCAGAUGCAGAGCGGUCGAAUCAGAAAAAAGAAUAUGAAGCUGUCCUGAGCGAGCGCGACAUGCUCGGGACGCAGCUCCUCCGUCGCAACGAAGAGCUGGCGCUUUUGUACGAGAAGAUAAAAAUCCAGCAGUCUACUCUGCAGAAGGGCGAGGCUCAAUACAGAGGCCGCCUGGCGGACAUCAGCCUCCUCCGGCAGAAGAUCAACGCCGCGCGCCGCGAACUGGCAACGGCGCGCAGCCAGGUCGCAUGCGUGGACGGUCUCAAGCGGGAAGUCUAUCACCUGCAGAGAGAACUGCUCCAGGAAAGGACCAAAGUGAAGGCCCUGAGCGACAGUCUCGAGAACCCUAUGAACGUCCACAGGUGGCGCCGCCUCGAAGGCAGCGACCCCACCAAGCUCGAGAUGCUCUCCAAGAUCCAAAGUCUUCAGAAACGGCUCAUCUCGAAAACUGACCAGGUCAUCGACCGCGACCUCAUGAUUCAAGAAAAGGAAAAACUCUACGUAGAGCUCAAGACGAAGCUGGCGGCGUAUCCUGGGCCGCAGGUGGUUGAGCAGAUGCAGGUUUUCCAGCGCAUGUUGCGAGAGAAGACUGACCAGCUGAAGGCAAUGGCGUCGGAGCUUAAGACGUGCCACAAGCAGGUGACCCUCUACAAGGACGAGAUCGCCCGCCUGAACCGGGAACUAGCGGCGAUCAAGACGAAAGAUUUGGAGGAAAAGCGGAAGACGGCGCUCGAGUCUCUCGGUCAAAGCAAGGCUCUGAAACGCUGCGAUUCAGAGGCGUCGACGCUGGACGGUACGCACACCGCGGGCCUCGGUUCGCCGUGUCUCCACGGCCGUUCAGUGCCGCGUCAGAAUCCAACGAGCUAG